CCGGCGGAGCGCAGCCGCGGGGGGCAGGGGGCGAGGGCUGCUGGCUGCGCACGGAGGAUGCGCGGCCGCGGAGCCGCCGCACCCGCACAGCCGCGCCGGGAGCGGGAGGUGGGGAUUACGGUCGGCGGGGCGCAGCGCGGAGGUGCGGGAUCGUGCAGGAUACAAGGGGCUACCAGGAUGACAACUGCCUUGCUUUGUAACAUGAUAUUUCUGCUGGCAUUUGGACUGGCUUCAGCCUUUAGCCACAGCCCUAGGACCCCUGACAGGGUUUCUGAAGCAGAUAUUCAGAGGCUUCUCCAUGGAGUUAUGGAGCAAUUAGGCAUUGCCAGACCCCGAGUAGAAUAUCCGGCGCACCAGGCUAUGAAUCUAGUUGGUCCACAAAGCAUUGAAGGUGGUGCACAUGAAGGUCUCCAGCAUUUGGGUCCUUAUGGCAAUAUCCCAAACAUCGUGGCUGAGCUGACAGGAGAUAAUGUACCAAAGGAUUUCAGUGAAGAUCAAGGAUAUCCUGACCCUCCAAAUCCGUGCCCUAUUGGAAAAACAGUUGAAGACGGGUGUCUAGAAAACACCCCAGACACAGCAGAGUUUAGCAGGGAUUACCAGCUGCAUCAACGCCUUUUUGAUCCAGAGCAUGACUAUCCCAACAUGGGCAAGUGGAGCAAGAAUUUGCUUUUUGAGAAGAUUAAUGGUGGUCCAAAAAGAAGAAAGAGGAAUGUGAACCCCUUUCUGCAAGGACAGCGACUGGAUAAUGUUGUAGCAAAGAAGUCUGUUCCACAUUUUUCAGAUGAAGACAAGGGUCUUGAACACGUACAAUAAAAAUGAAUGAUGAAAACUCAUGCCAUCCUCUGCUAGAUCAUAAUAUUGCUUAUAUAUAAUCAUCUAUUAAAAUCCUUGUGAAUGGCAGCAUGUUUAUUAUUUAUAUAAUCGUAGAUGAAAUCCAGCUGUAUUUAUAACACUAUGUUCUCCUAGAUAACAAAAAUAUGGUUCUGCUUUUUGUUAAGUUAUGGUAAAAGGACAUUUCUGUUGUUUUUAUUUUAGUCAUGGAGCAAACUUUAAAAAUGUUAGUCAUUUUAAUAGCUUACGUGAGGUAAAUGGUCUUAAUGAGCAGCUUGUAAAUAGGAAGAUAUAAAAAAAUGCCCAGUCUGAUUCCAACAUUUAAUCUUAAAUGUUACUGUGUUUGACACAUGAAAAUUAUAGUUUUAUGUUUUGUUCACAAAUAUUGUUACUUAGCAAAGAGAAAGUAUUUGUUUUACCCAGACAAUUUUGGCUUUUGGUCUAUUUUAAUAAACAUUUAAGCUAUCUACAAGGUUUGCAAAGUGACAUUUUCCAAAAUAUUUCAGAGGCUCAUUUCUCUAGGUUAUUGAUGUGCAAAUUUAAAAAUUAAAUAACUGCUUUUUGAAUCUGUCCACUGGAGUACUUUUUGUUAGUUUUAAUCAUUCCAUGUCCACUGCCUUCCUGAACACUUGCACAUCUUUCUUAUCAGUGAUGCUGUUGUGUGAAAAAUAAAUCUCCCCCGCUUUUCUUUGUCUUAGUAACAGCAGUAUUUGUGCAUUAUAACAUACUUAAAUUAUGAGGCCCUGGGAUAUUAUAAGUGAAGAUGGAGACAUUUGUCUGUGCUAAUAAGGUUGUGUCAACAUCCUCUGAAUUAAAAUCCAGGAUAUGAAGGUCAUUAUAGUCGAUGAUCUUUUGGAAAACUAUGAUACUCUAAUAACAGUGGUAGCUAUCACUGCUCUUGAAGUUGCUUCAGGAAGUUUAAAUUGCCUCCUUGCCCCUAGAAGUCUAAAAAAAUCUUAUAUUGCAGUAAACUGAACUCUCCUUUUCUGAAAGAUGAGAAUAUAAAAUUACCCAUUAUUUUUAUUUUCAGUGUGCAUCUGAAAUAUUUCAAGCCACGUGCAUGAGGCAUUGAAAGUAUGGAAAACCAUGUUAGCUUACAGCUUUGAACUUGUAAUCUAUGGAAAAAAAUUGUAGUUUCCUUCCCAAUCCUACCAAAAGGCACAGUAAAAUAAUAAUGACCCUUUAGGAAAAAAAAAACAAUAAGAAAACUGAAGCUCCUAGCUACAUAAGAUUAAAGUUAACAAGAUGGCAGGAAUAUGUCGGUGCACGGCAUUUGCUUUUUGUGUCCUAGCACUUAGGAAUUUGUAAUAAAUUAUGUAUGCAGAGUCAGUCCUUUCACGUCAGUUAUGCGUAGAUUGCAAAACUCUGUAACAUUCUAGGCUGAACUAGAAUGUCUUUCAUCAUAUUUCCUCUUAAAAAAAUCUGGAAAACUACCUAGUAUGUAAUGCAGUGGGAUUUAUACUCACGCGUGACGUGAAGUUGAGGAGUUUCAGUGAAUCGCAGAGCUCCUUCAGCCUCAAGGGCUUUGAAGGGGAUGGCAGUAAUCCAGCUAUUUACAUGUGAGAACUUGUAUUCUCUUGUUUCUUAAGCUUACUCUUUUUAUCUGUACUCCUCCUUAGUCUUCACACAGACAUUGAGAGUUGCAGAGUUGCAAAUAUUGUCUCCAAAACCAGAAAAAUGCCCACUGGCUCGGAGUAUGUGAAAUGGUUGUUCCUCUCACCUAACCCCACAACCAGUCACUGAUGCUAUCACAAGGCUACCAGAUGAUCAGUCCUAAGAAACUUAUGUUUCUUCAAGUACUCAACUGUCUUAUCAAUACUUUUCAAGUAUUAAAUUUGGGCGACAGUCUGUCCUUCUUAGCUCCAGUAAAAUCCAUUUUAAUUGCAAAACCAAAGCAACAACGAAGGCAAUUUAUUUCACUACUUAACCUCUUAGUAAGGACCAGCACAUAGUAAAAGGUGAUGUGCAUAGUAAAUAGGGGGAUUAAAAAGGGAAGGACAAAAAAAAGUAUUGUUUGCUUAAUAGUAUGAGAAAUUCCACACUGAUUUCUUGAAGCACUUCAGUUCACAACACUCCAUGUGUGAGAAUGUGAUCAUUUGGCACUGCAGACUGACCGGAACACAGAUCCCCAGCGGCUGCUGGUGUCCCUGGUGGGACGCGAGGAGCUGCCCUUCUGUCUGUGAUAGAUCUGCACAGAGCAGCUGAAGGAAGAAUCACACAAUUCACUGAUAUUUUGUCUUUAAAAUGCAAGGAAAAAACCCUCUACGCUGCAUCUGCUGGAAGUCCAUUGGGCAGCUUGAGUGUGACACCAGGAAGACUCAACAACACUAUUGUGAAAUUUUAAUAAAAUAUAGCUGUCACAUCAUGAUAAUGAGAUUAAUUAUUUUAAUUUCCGUUUCAUAGAAGACCUGCCUUUCUGUAGUGGGAAUUGUAGUCCCAUAUUAAACCAAAAAAAGCAACUGCACCAACAACAGUCCAAAUGGAUAUGUAAUUUUAUAUAAAGAAUUGUCACAGUGCUGCUCUUCCGGAAUCAAUAAACAAAAACUGUCACCCACACUAAGAAAUCAUUCCACCAAACCAAUAAUUACAAGAAUGUAAAUAGCUGCUCAGCUCUUACAGGUACAGUUGCCCUUUUCCAUUUAUGAUGCAUGUGAAUUAAGGAGCAUGUAUAUUGCUAUUGUUCCAAAUUUUCAUUAAAUGAAAAAACCUUUUUAGAUUAUUUUAAAAUCUGCAAGUGUGUUUAAUUACCUCUAGCAUAUUUGAGACACAAUGUGAUAAAAGAAGCUAUACAAAAUAAAGUGUAUUGCCAUGCAA